AUGGCUCCUCCGCCCACUCCGUUCAACACUGUCUCGCAUCCUCCUCCCGCACUCGAUGAACAAGCGCCGCUGCUCCCUGUAGAUUUCGUCCCUCCGAAUGCUUCCGACUCCGACUCUGCUGGCAAACCGCGCCUGGGCCAGCAUGUGUCCUAUCGAUCGACAAGGCAUUCAAGCACACCAGACACAGUUCUUGGCAGCCAGUCGCUCGGGCCCGCCUCCGUCGCGCUGGUCCUAGAAAACCGCGGAAGUGUCGCGCGCGACCACCUUGCGCUGGAGCGCACCUUCCUCGCGUAUGUCCGCACGAGUUUGGCGCUUGCCGCUGCCGGUGUCGUGCUGACACAGCUUUUCCGGCCGUCCGAUAGCCAGAGUCGAGGUAACGGGAUCGGAGAACAUGGGCGGGUGAUGGCGGCGGGCGCGAUUUUGCUUUCGCUCUACACGCUUGCGGUAGGAUUGUGGAGAUACUUUGAGCUGCAGGCCGCGCUCGUCGACGGCAAGUAUCCCACCACGCGCUGGCGGCUUGGGUUCCUGGCCGCUGCUGCUGGCAUCGCGAUGGUAUAUGUAGCGGGCGGGCUGAAAAUGCAGGCGGUUGAGGACUUGAGGUUCAAUGAGCAGUAA